CGUGCAAUUUAAAAAGCACGCUGUAGUCGUCUAUUUAUCCGCGCUGACACGCGUUCUAGCAGUGGAGGGGGGUUUGUGCCGGUCUGUUUCCUCAUCAAGCACUGCGGUGGGUUUGGCAGCGUUAAUUGUGCUUUCAGAAGACGAUGACCGAGCCCUGUAAUGCGGCGCUCAGGAGCGGGCUGAACAACAGGUACCGCGUGUUGGAGGUCCGCCUGGUGCGGCGGGACGGACGCGACCCUGAGAAGCACCUGGCGGUCAGCGCUUCCACAGCGCCGGGAGAUACGGAGCUGUGCGUCCUUCAGAACAGCUGGGAGUCUGUUCCAGUUGUUCCAGGAGACAUUGUUCAUUUAGAAGGGGACUGUAGCUCCGGUACCUGGAUAAUAAAUGAGCAGUCUGGAUAUCUCAUUCUUUACCCAGAUUUGCUGCUCUCUGGCACUACAAUAUCCAGUAGCAUUCGAUGUAUGAGAAAAGCGGUGCUGAGUGAAAGGUUUAGGGGCUCUGAGUGUGGUUCACGGCCAACUCUCAUUGGUACAAUUCUUCAUGAAAUUUUCCAGCAAUCCGUAACAAAUAAUUUGUCACCUGAAAAAGUGGAGGAACUAGCAAAUAAAAUUGUUUUUGGGCAGAAGUAUCUCAGAGAAAUGUAUCACUUAAAGCUGAAACAAACAGAGGUAAUGCAGGAGAUAGAAGAAUAUCUGCCUUCAUUUUUUAAGUGGACAGAAGAGUUCAUGCGCAAUCCAGCUAACCAAAAUCAAAUGCAACUGAAACUGCCAAGUGACGAGAAAACAGGAGAUUGCUCUUCUAAGGUAGAAAUCGUAGAUAUCUUAGACGUUGAAGAGAACAUUUGGUCUCCCAGGUUUGGAUUGAAGGGAAAGAUUGAUGUUACAGCCAGGGUGAAAAUCCAUCGUCGGUGCGGCGUACAGUCCAGGAUAAUGCCAUUAGAGAUCAAAUCUGGCAAGGAAUCAAACUCUAUAGAGCACAGGAGUCAGGUUAUCCUGUAUACGUUGUUGAAUUUAGAAAGGAGAAUGGAUCCUGAAGCUGGAUUUCUUCUUUAUCUUAAAACUGGUACUAUGUAUCCUGUUACUGGAACUCGCAUGGAUAGAAGAGAAUUAAUAAAGCUAAGAAACCAGGUGGCCUUCUACUUAAUGCACAGUAUGUAUAAAUCUGCUGUGGGAAGACAGCAGUCACAGCUUGCUGCUUUGCCUCCUGUAAUUGAUGACAGUCAAGCCUGUAAAUACUGUUCCCAAAUACACAAUUGCUUUCUAUAUAGCAGAGCUGUAGAAGAAAGGAUGGCUGGUGUGUCUUUUCCUCCUGCUAUGAUACCCAUUAUUGAAAAAGAGACACAGCACCUGAAACCUUCCCACUUAGAGUAUUUCAGUCUGUGGUAUCUGAUGUUAACCUUGGAGAUGCAAAGUGGAGACAGUAAAAAGGGGUAUAAAAAUAUAUGGAUGAUACCUUCUUUGGAAAGAGAGAAGGCUGGAGACUGUGUUGGAAACAUGAUCAGAAUUGAUCGAGUUCAGGAAGUUUCCGAAGGACAAUAUCUGCAUUCUUUCCAACGUAAAAAUGGUGUUGUACCUGGAGCAAACCUCUUGGUUGGUGAUAGAGUUGUUGUGAGUGGAGAAGAAAAUGGUUUGCUUGGCUUGGCUACUGGCUACGUGAGAGAAAUCAGUGCAACAACGAUCUCCUGUUUGUUGGGCAGGAAUUUAUCAAAGCUCCCUGAGAGUACCACUUUUAGGUUGGAUCAUGAAGAAGGAGACUGUGGUAUAGGAGUUCCCUUUGAAAACCUCUCUAAACUGAUGAAAGAUUCCCCAGUCAGUGAAAAGCUCCGCAACUUGAUCAUUGACUUCCACAAACCUCGUUUUAUUCAGCAUUUGAGCUCAGUCCUUCCUCCAGAAGCAAAGGAAGCUGUUGCAAGUAUUUUAAAGGGUCUGAAUAAGCCUCAGAAACAGGCAAUGAAACAAGUGUUGCUUUCAAAAGACUACACGCUUAUUGUGGGUAUGCCAGGAACAGGAAAAACAACUACAAUAUGCGCUUUGGUGAGAAUUCUCUCUGCUUGUGGCUUCAGUGUUCUUCUGACUAGUUUUACACACACUGCUGUGGACAAUAUCCUGCUGAAGCUAGCCAAAUUCAAAGUAGGCUUCUUGCGUUUGGGAAGAGCUCAGAAGGUUCAUCCAGAUAUACGGAAAUUUACAGAAGAAGAAAUUUGCAGGUCCAAAUCAAUUAAAUCUGUAAUGGAUUUGGAAGAGCUCUACAACAGUCAGCCAGUGGUAGCAACAGCCUGCAUGGGCAUAAAUCACCCCAUCUUUGUUCAGAAGCAGUUUGAUUUCUGUAUAGUUGAUGAAGCUUCCCAGAUAAGCCAGCCCAUCUGUCUGGGGCCACUGUUCUGUUCCAAAAGGUUUGUGCUGGUGGGGGACCAUCAGCAGCUGCCUCCACUUGUACAGAAUUCAGAAGCAAGAGAUCUUGGUAUGAGUGAAAGUUUAUUUAAAAGGCUGGAGCAAAACCAAAAUGCUGUUGUCCAGUUGACUGUGCAAUACAGAAUGAACAGUAAAAUUAUGUCACUGAGUAACAAGCUAGUGUAUGAAGGCAAACUGGAAUGUGGAUCAGAGAAGGUGUCAAAUGCCACUGCUAAUUUGCCAAAUCUAAAAAUGCUGAAACUGGAGCUUGCAGAUGCUUCAAAAAUAUGGUUGAAAGAAGUACUUGAGCCAGACAAACCUGUAUGUUUUCUGAACACUGAAAAGGUCCCAGCACCAGAACACACAGAAAAAGGUGGUGUAUGUAAUGUGACAGAAGCCAAACUAGUGUUCUUCCUCACAACUUUAUUCAUUAAGGCUGGCUGUAAGCCUUCAGACAUUGGUAUUAUAUCGCCAUACAGACAUCAGUUGAAAGUAAUCACUGAUUUGAUGGCAAGACUGAAGGAGAGCAGAGUGGAAGUCAACACUAUAGACAAAUACCAAGGAAGAGACAAAAGUAUCAUAAUUGUGUCUUUUGUUAGGAACAGUAACGAUGAAAAUCUUGGUGCCCUCCUGAAGGAUUGGAGACGACUCAAUGUUGCUAUCACAAGAGCCAAGCACAAACUCAUCAUGGUGGGCUGCGUUCCAUCACUCCGCCGCUACCCUCCUUUGGAGAAGCUGCUCUGCCAUCUGCAGUCUGAGGCAAUGAUCUUCAAUCUUCCCGCAGGGGCUCAUGAAGCUGUAAAAGAUCCAACAGCUGUAGAAAGAGCAAAUUUACUGAACAUGGCCAAACUGAGUAUCAAAGGACUCAUUGAAUCAGCUUUGAGCUUUGGCCGUACUCUGGAUUCUGACUACCCUCCUCUGCAGCAGUUCUUUGUUGUCAUGGAGCACUGUCUGAAGCAUGGCCUUAAAGUAAGAAAAUCCUUUUUAAGUUACAAUAAAACUAUCUGGGGUCCUUUGGAACUUGUGGAGAAAUUAUAUCCAGAAGCUGAGGAAAUAGCAGCGAGUGUCAGAGAUUUGCCCGGCCUCAAAACACCACUGGGCCGUGCCCGGGCCUGGUUACGGUUGGCACUAAUGCAGAAGAAAAUGGCUGACUAUCUUCGCUGUUUAAUCAUUCAGAGAGAGCUUCUCAGUGAAUUUUAUGAGUAUCAUGCGCUGAUGAUGGAAGAAGAAGGAGCAGUUAUUGUUGGACUGCUGGUUGGGCUAAAUGUAAUAGAUGCUAACCUCUGCGUAAAGGGUGAAGACCUGGAUUCACAAGUUGGUGUGAUCGAUUUCUCUAUGUAUUUAAAGAGUGACGAUGACAUUGGAGGAAAGGAAAGAAAUGAACAGAUUGCUGCAAUUUUGGACCAAAAGAAUUACGUUGAAGAACUAAACAGACAACUGAAUAGCACAGUUAGCAGCCUACAUGCAAGAGUUGAUUCGUUAGAGAAGUCAAACACUAAACUGAUUGAAGAGUUAGCAAUAGCCAAAAACAAUAUAAUUAAACUUCAGGAAGAAAAUCAUCAAUUAAGAAGUGAAAAUACUCUGAUCUUAAUGAAAACACAGCAUCAUCUAGAGGUAACUAAAGUGGAUGUUGAAGCAGAACUUCAGACGUACAAACACUCCAGGCAGGGAUUAGAUGAGAUGUACAAUGAAGCACGGAGGCAGCUUCGAGAGGAGUCACAGCUCCGCCAGGAUAUGGAGAAUGAGCUGGUAGUUCAAGUUAGCAUGAAGCAUGAGAUAGAGCUUGCUAUGAAGUUACUGGAGAAGGACAUCCACGAAAAGCAGGACACGCUCAUAGGCCUUCGGCAGCAGCUUGAUGAAGUUAAAGCAAUUAACAUGGAAAUGUACCAAAAGCUGCAGGUUUCUGAAGAUGCUAUGAAAGAAAAGAAUGAAAUAAUUGGUCGAUUAGAGGAUAAGACCAAUCAAAUUAAUGCUGCUAUGAAACAACUAGAACAAAGUGACAAAGAUCUGUUAACUCAAACUAGGACUAUUGCAAUGUCAUUUGUCAAAUGUGCCAGCAAUGAAGCUCAGCACCAGUAUAAGCUUGUCAAAGAUAUAUCAUUCUGAAAGCUCCUCCAGCUCUCUUCUGUUUAAAUAUUACUGAUAAAAUGCAACUUCAGAAUUGUAAAGUGACAAUUUGACAUAGAAAGUGGAACUAGAAAUCCUGCACUGUAACUGAUUGUAGCUGGGUUCUGUUUUGUGUUCUGUAAGAUCAUCAUUUCUGAUCUGGCUUUACUCCUCUUCUAAAAAGAAAGAGAGAGAACAGAAAUUAUUGCACUACUGUUAAGAAAAUGUAUGCUAGUUUUCUAAUGUUAUUUAUUCACUUGUCUGUUGUCAAAAAGUUUAUCAACUAUCUUCAUUUGGACUUACUGCUGACAUUUGUUUUUUAUUUGGCAAUUUUUCCUGUUCGUUAUGGCACUAAAAGAUUUUAAAAGUUGCCCUGAGUAGUACUUCUCUUCAUCUCUGCUUGUUUCUUUCGCUUUCAGGGCUAUAUUUAUCCCAAAAGCAAGCUCUCUGCUCGUUUUUUUUUUUUCUUAUUUAUUUUUUCCACUUGUGACUGGCACUGCUUUCUUGAACAGCAUGAACAGGGCUUUUGGGGAAAGGGUUAAAGGGGCUUGAGUGCUGCAUCACAGUAGUAGCUUUAAGGGAAGAGGUGUAAGCAUACAUUCGGUACGUAUGGUAGAAGAAUUCCAGGGUUUGAGAAUAAAGCAGUUACAGCACAAUUCCAUUCUCCUGAUGUGAUGGAGAGUAGCAAAUUUUCAUGGAUCACACUGUGUUUGGAGCCUGGACUUAGGGCUCCAGAAAGGGCAGCAGGGCCUAGAGAAUGAUGUGGCUGUAGCUCUUACCUCUGCUGCUCCAGGACAGCUUGAGUGGCAGCAGUAGUAAUAGAUGGGAUUUACAUGUAGGGUACCUGUCUAACUUGUUUGUCAGUGGCUGUGUCAGUACUGUAAUCCUAACCCGUGGUUUUGCCCAACCUUUUUUCCCUCUCCACCCAUUGCUAGGCAGUCUUUACAAAUCCUAUUUCUGCAUUGAAUUGCUGCUUGCCUGUGCUGCUGAAAUAAGGGUUUUAGCUGCUGGCUGCCUUUGAUGCACUUCCCCUUGUUUCCUCUGAAAAGCAAACUUGGAGUUGACUUGGAAAAUAAUCUUUUGAGUCUUUCAGCAGGAAGGAAUAUUUGCAAAAGCGGAGGCAAAACACCAUAAUACAGGAAGGGUUUCUGCUGCAUGAUUAUAUAUAAUCUUAUUCCUUGCUUUGGAAGAACCAGAAAGAGCCUUUAACACCAUCUUUGUGUUAAAAAGAGAGAAAGAAAUAUCCCCCUGCCUCGAAAAAAACAGAACCAGUGAAUAAAACAAGGAUAGGCUGUAGCAGAAAUGGGAACAUUAACCAUCUCACAGUCACUCUAUGCAAACAAGUAUUUAUCUGUCAGUGUCAUCUGAAUCUAAAAUCCUACUGCAGACUUCAGUCCCACUCAGCCUUUGUCUGCACUGCAGCUGUGUUGUCAUUCUUGGUGCUAGUUUAGAAUACAAUGCUGUAGCCUGGGUUGGCUGGCAUGUUCCUUGGGCAGCAAACUCCCUUUCUACCUUGGUUAUACAAACUGCUCUGUGGUUUAAUUUGUAACUUAGAGACUUGUGCAGCUUGAUGUAGUGCCUUUUGUCCAGUUAAUUGGCCUUGCUUUGUCCUAGAAUACUCCUUUCCAGACAUCUGGUUUGGGCCUGUGUGCUCUACCACUGCAAAUGUGUCUGGGAAGAUGCUCACAACAGCAGGUAUAGUAGAGUGGGACAGUGCACGCUUUGUGAAGUAUUUAGUUCUAGGCUUGUAUCACUUGUUUGCUAGCAGCUUUCGGAAAUUUCCACCAGGGCAACGUUAUCAGUUGAAGCACAAAUGUAGACAUGUGGCUGACUUGAUAUCUUCUUAUCUGACACUGGGAGCUGUGAGUUGACUCUGCAUUCAGCUAGCUGCUGGUAAUUGGGAAAUCAAGCACAGAAUGAAUCAGAGAUUUCUGCCCCACUUCCCUGAGCGGGCACUUGAAGAAUUUUUGUUAAACAAGAUGCAGCAGGUGGGGACUAUUUUACAGGUGUAAUGCCUGUAUUUUACAGGCACUUCUACUUCCUGCCUUUUCUUCAGAGCAAGUAUAGGCACAACAGGACAAGUUCUGUCUUAGCACCUUUACUUCUAUAACAGUACCCCUACCUUUUUUUGGACUGAGGAAGUGGUAAAGCAGAGAGAAACCGGAGUGGGCUAAUGGAUUUCAAGGGCAUUGGUACCUGAAGCAGAAACAAACCCCUGGCAUUCAGAAAGGAAAGAUUACAUUUAGAAAACAGCCCCUCACUUCUUGACUGAUCAGUUUUAUUUAAAUUGUCUGUAGUAUGGAGCUAUUUUAAUUAAUGUAAGAAUGCAUUAUUUUUAAUACAGACUGUUUACAUUUACAGAUGUGAUGUAAUUGAAGUAGUUCUGCAAAUGUAGUGGGACCUAUUGGGGUAUGUCUUGUUGUGUUAGGCUAGUUGAGUGUUUUGCUGUCUGAUUGCAGUGCUCUGUAUUCAGCCUUAUGCCUGAAUUGUUUUGAGCUGCUUUUGCACAAUACACGUCCUGCCCUGGGUGAUAAGUACAAGCAAAGGGAUUCUGCUGGGGCUAUUAAAAAAAAAAAAAAAAGCUUCCAAAA